GACCUUCACUCAUUCCUCUCUGCAAUCAACCAUGGCGCUCUCCAACAUGCCUUUUUUCCUUGUUCAACCUCCUCAAAAACUCCACUUUCUUUUCAAUCAGCUCUUCAUCUUCUUUUUGUUGCUACUUCCCAGUGCAAUGUCAAUUUCCUUCAACUUCCCUAGCUUCAACACAGAUAACAGUAACCUAACCUUACAGGGUGAUGCAUUCACGAACCCAGAUGGUCUCCAACUCACAAAGGAUACUCGUGGCAGCUCCAUCGGCGGAAGUGUUGGUCGUGCCUUAUAUCAUGAACGAGUUCACCUUUGGGAUAAUAGCACAGGGAAGCUUAAAGUUACAGACUUCACCACGAACUUCUCCUUUAUCAUUAAAGCUGUAAAUAAGUUUGCUGCUGAUGGGCUUGCUUUCUUCAUCUCACCAUUUAAUUCUAGUAUCCCUAACAAUUCAGCAGGCGGGUAUCUUGGACUGUUUAGUAAUGAAACCGGUAUCAACGGCACUCAAAAUCAAAUUGUUGCCGUUGAGUUUGACACUUACCAAAACCGGUGGGAUCCAAGUGCUCGUCAUGUGGGAAUCGAUAUCAAUUCCAUUGUCUCAAAGGUAAAUGUGACUUUGCCACCAAGCAUUAAUAUUACGAAUGGGUCAACAACAAAUGUAUGGGUAAGUUACGACUCAUCAUCCCAAAAUCUUAGUGUGCUCCUUACUUAUGCUACUAAACCAGUUAGUCUUUCAUAUAUUGUUGACUUGACUAUUUUGCCGGAAUGGGUUAGCGUUGGUUUCUCCGCUACUACAGGUGCGGAUGCUGAGUUACAUACAAUACUUUCUUGGUCAUUUAGUUCAACUUUAGAGGCUGGAGAUGUGUCUACUCAACCAAACAAGACAGGAGGUGGAUUUACUCAAACAAACAACACGGGAAAUGGGAGUACGAAAAACAAAUUGGGGUUGAUCAUUGGUUUAGCAGUGAGUUCCGGUGUAGUGAGUUGUGGUAUAGGUCUACUUUGGUUUUUUUGUUGGAGAAAAAGGGCCGGUGGAAAUACAGAAGAUUCGGGUGAUGAUGACAAUAUGGAUGUUGAAUUUGAAAAAGGAACAGGGCCAAGGAGGUUCACAUACCGUGAACUUCUCAAUGCAACAAACAACUUUGUUGAACGAGGGAAGCUUGGAGAGGGAGGAUUUGGAGGAGUUUACAAAGGUUUGUUAAGUGAAUCCAAUGUGGAAGUUGCAGUUAAGAGGGUCUCAAAAGGAUCGAAGCAAGGAAAAAAGGAGUACAAGUCAGAAGUGAAGAUCAUUAGCCGUUUGAGACAUAGGAAUUUGGUUCAACUCAUUGGUUGGUGCCAUGAAAAGCGUGAGUUACUUCUUGUGUAUGAGUACAUGCCUAAUGGAAGCCUUGAUUCUCAUCUAUUUGGAGUAAAGAUUAUGCUAAUAUGGCCAGUAAGAUAUAACAUAGCCCAGGGAUUGGCUUCUGCAUUACUCUACCUUCAUGAAGAGUGGGAACAAUGUGUAGUGCACAGAGAUAUAAAGUCUAGCAAUAUCAUGUUGGAUUCAAACUUCAAUGCCAAACUUGGUGAUUUUGGCCUUGCAAGACUCGUAGACCAUGAGUUCGGCUUACAAACAACUGUUUUAGCUGGGACCAUGGGCUACCUUGCCCCAGAGUGUUUCACCACCGGUACAGCUUCUAAGGAAUCCGAUGUUUAUAGUUUUGGGGUGGUUUGUCUUGAAAUUGCAUGUGGAAGAAAGCCCGUCGAUCCACAGGUGGAACCAAGCAAGGUUAGGCUACUAGAGUGGGUGUGGGAUCUCUAUGGAAAUGAUCAACUCCUUGAGGCCGUUGAUCAAAGAUUAGGUAAGGAAUUUGAUGAAGGGGAAAUGAAGAGCUUGAUGGUGGUUGGAUUAUGGUGUUGUCAUCCUGAUCCCACUAGCAGGCCCUCUAUAAGGCAAGUAAUACACGUUUUUAAGUUUGAAGCUUCUCUGCCCAACCUUCCAUCAAAGUUGCCGGUGCCAAUGUAUGCUGGGGCCCCAAUGGACCUAUGUAAAUUAUCCAAUACUUCAUCGGGUUUCACCAGAUCCAAAGAUCAAACGCAAUGUUCAUCUAGUAGUUGUUCUACUAAUUCGUCUAUGUCAACUGGCCCAAGCAAACCUCUUCUAUAUUCAAGCAAAGCUGAAGUGAAGUUGGCAUCAACUAUGCAUUAAUGUAUUUGAUAAUUCAAACUUUUGUAAUGAAUUUGAAAACAUGCAUGUAUCAUGAAUGUAAACUUUUAUUUGAAAGUGUCUUUCCUGAAUGGUUUGAGAAAAUGAAGUAUGUUUAAAAGUCCUAUUAAGUUAGGCAAUG